UAAAGAUUAAGUUCCAUGUUAUAGUUUUACAAAACAAAUUCUAUCUAAAUCCGUUUGACAAGAAAACCCAAGUAAAAGACCUAAGCUCGUAAGAAAACACACCAAUUCAACACAACCUCGCAAAACUGUCAACAAUGACAUCCAAACACUGCUUUACCAAUCCCACACCCACCAUCGUUUUCUUCCUUCUCUUCGCCCUCCAAAUUUCAACCAUUCUCGCCGCCAGUUCCCACGUCAUCAAUUUCCGCUCUCCGAAUCUCUUCCCGGAAGGGCUAGCGUGGGAUCCCACAGGGCAACACUUCCUGGUCGGAUCCCUCCGCCACCGCACCAUCUCCGCGAUCUCCGACGCCGGGGUGGUCGAAACCCUAGUCUCCGACCCCUCCCUCCCGGAAAACGUCACCAUCUUGGGCCUCGCCGUGGACUCCCGCAACAACCGCGUCUUGGCGGCGCUUCACGCACUGCCCCCCCUACCUCCGUUCAACGCGCUCGCCGCCUACGACCUCCGCUCCGGCAGCCGCCUCUUCCUUUCUGCCCUCCCCUCCGCGGAAGAAGGCGACGAGAAACGCGCCGUCGCGAACGACGUGGCAGUGGACUUCAAAGGUAACGCGUAUGUGACCAACUCGGGGGGAAACUACAUCUGGAAGGUCAGCGAAAAGGGAGAAGCCUGGAUCCUUUCAAAUUCCGCGAGAUUCACCGAACACCCAAUGAUCAUCGGCGAGAAGUUCAGCUCCUGCGGCAUAAACGGUUUGGUUUAUAACGGUAAGGGUUAUCUCUUGGUGGUUCAAAGCAACACGGGGAAGAUGUUCAAGGUGGACGCGGAUGACGGCGUGGCGAAACUGGUGCUCCUGAACGAGGAUCUCGUGGGUGCGGACGGCGUGGUUUUGAGGAACGACGGCGUGGUUUUGGUGGUGUCGUCGAAGAGGGUGUGGUUGGUGAAGAGUAACGACGGGUGGAGCCAGGGUGUGGUGUUUGACAAAAUUGACCUUGAUGACGAGGGUUUUCCCACUUCGAUUGUGGUGCGGGAGAGAGAGAGGGCUUACGUGCUGCACGGGCACGUGCUGGAGGGCAUUUCGGGGAAUUCGUGUGAAAGUUUUAAGAUUGAAGAGGUGAGGUCUGCCAGAGAAAGUGAGGGAGAGAAUGUUUGGAUGUAUGUGAUGGUUGGAAUAGGCUUGGCUUAUUUCUUGUUUUGGAGGUUUCAGAUGAAGCAGCUUGUCAACAACAUGAACAAGAAGAUAAAUUGAAAUAAGUAUUUUUUUUUAUUCACUUUUUAUUUUGUAUUAAAAAACCAUAUUUCUCUUUCACACGGUAUCGUUGUAAGAACAUAUGUAAUUUUAAGAAUAAAUUUCUAAGUUUCUUUUUUUAAAA